AUGCAUGAUGUGCCGUGGUGCAGCAGGCUGUGCUAUGAGAAACGCUGCACUAGUCCGGAUAGGAUAACGUUCAUCUCGAAAACACACACUUAUUGGGUAAGAGAUGAACUAUUUGAAGUUGACUACAACGAGCGUAUAAAGGGAAUCCUCCACGACUAUAUACUUGUUGCUUUGUCCGAGUGUCAUCACUGCCAUCUCUUGAUUAAGCCCUGCUUCACGGAUGGUUGUGAUGGCGGCCAUCCCAUCCUUGGCGGGAUGGCCCCUCUUGGCGGGAUGGCUGUCAUGUGA